AUGCCUCCUCCAAUUUCUGCAGACUAUAGACCGAAUCAUAUUCCCAUCCCCAAGUUUAAUGCUGACCAAAUCACAUCGAAUUGUAAUACUCCGCAGCAGCCUGAACUUAUGGGGAGGGACAUUUUUGACAUUAAAGAACCUUUCCCUAUUCGCAGUACAGAUGCAGAGAAAACAACAGCCGAAGGAGUCAACUAUCAUACGUGGGACGAGACAACUAAAAAGGUCGUCAAUAGUAUUGUAUCCAUAAAAGGAUCUGCUUUACGUUCAUUUGACACGGAAAGUGCUGGUGGUUUUUGUGCUACCGGAUUUGUCGUAAAUAAAAAACUUGGGUUAAUUCUCUCAAAUCGCCACGUUGUCUCUCCUGGUCCUAUAACUGCCCGUGCUGCCUUUAUUAAUUAUGAAGAAGUUGACAUAUAUCCUCUUUAUCGGGACCCAGUCCAUGAUUUCGGAUUCUUUCGCUAUGACCCAUCUUCCCUACGCUAUCAUGUGGCCGAUGAAAUUCCAUUAGCUCCGGAACUUGCUAAAGUCGGUUUAGAUAUUCGCAUCAUUGGUAACGAUGCAGGAGAAAAGUUAUCCAUCUUAAGUUCGACUUUAGCACGCUUGGAUCGACCUGCUCCUAACUACGGAAUUGACAACUACAAUGAUUUCAAUACCUUUUAUUACCAAGCCGCCAGUGGAACCAGCGGUGGAAGUUCAGGAAGUCCCGUCCUCGACAUAUCCGGUGCUGCAGUUGCUCUAAAUUCAGGUGGAUCCAAUAGUAGCGCAUCUUCUUUUUAUCUUCCAUUAAACCGUAUCGUUCGUGCCUUACAUCGCAUAGAAAAUGACCUUCCUAUUACCCGUGGUACUUUGUUGACAGAGUUUAUCCAUUGGUCCUACGACGAAUUGUCUCGAAUUGGUCUUCCUCAUGAAUUUCAAAAUAAUUGUCGUACUCGCGUUCCUGAAAGUAAUGGUUUGUUGGUAGUAUCGAAAGUUUUGCGAGGUAGUGAAGCAGCUGGUGUUUUAGAACCGGGAGACAUUUUAAUUGCAUAUGAAGCGGAUGGUCGAGAUGCCUCAUAUAUUGCUGACUUCGUCUCCUUUUUUGAGAUAAUAGACGAAAAAGUGGGAGAACCAACUUGCUGGCGAAUUUUCCGUCCCAAAGUUGGUUACAUGGUAGUGGAGCUGCAUGUUCAGGAUUUGCAUGGUGUCACUCCUUCACGUUUCUUGGAAAUCGGAGGUGCCAUUCUCCAUGAUCUUUCAUAUCAACUUGCUCGCUCCUAUCAAUUUCCUUUGAAUUCGGGAACAUACGUAGCUGCUUCAGGAAUGCUAAAUUGGUCAUCAGGUAGUAGGGAUUUUUUGGUGACGAAACUCGCAAAUAAACCGACCCCAAAUUUGGACGCGUUUAUACAGGUGGUCUCAAAUUUGGCGGAUAAUGCCCGUGUUCCUAUGCAUUUCAGAGUUUUAGGGAAAUACGAAGAAGAGUUUACGAUUAUUACAAUUGAUAGACAUUUCUUUAUGGCCAGUGUUUUUGAAAGAAAUGACAAGAAAGGAACUUGGGAUCGUAAAGGAUUGCCAGCUCCGAUAACUACUAAAUCUCGGCGGCCAAGUAUCAUUCCAAGACCAGCUGAAGGUGCUAAAAGUUUGGAGGCGAUCCAGAACUCUUUGGUCUUAAUCCAUUGCCGCAUGCCUCUUAGUAUUAAUGGAUUCAAUUCGACAAAGUCUUAUCGUGGAACAGGUGUUAUUCUAUCUGUUGUGCCUCCUCUCAUCGUUGUCGACCGUACGGUUAUACCUGUUGAAAUUUGCGACAUUCGAUUGACCUUCCAAUCAUUUAGUGCUAUGGCUCGUAUUGUGUAUCUUGAUGAUCGAAUCGCAAUGCUGUCCUGUGAUUAUUUACCAAGCAAUACAGUACAACUCGAAUUUGCAGCCGAUUUUAUGCGAACGGGUGAUGAAUGUACUUUAGCGGCUCUCGAUGAGGAUUUACAGCUGCUAACCAAGAAUACAACUGUACGCAGCGUAUCUGUAGUUGAAACAGAAAGAUCUUCUCCUCCAAAAUUCCGUUAUGUAAACUGUGAAGUUAUUUCUUUGAUGGACUCUUCAGCUUCAACAGGUGGCUUAAUUUUCCGUGACCGAGAAGAUAAACGUGAAGUAGUUGCUUUAUGGAUCUCUGUGAUUCACCAAGAAGUCGGCGGAAAAGAAUACACGAAUAAGUUCGGGCUCUCUAUGGCUUACGUGCUUCCUGUGCUUGAGCGUUUGCGACUGCCUCCAUCUCUUCGACCUCAACCAGUAGUCAAAACUGCCGGGGUAGAAUUAUCGCACAUCAGUUUGGCUGGUGCAACUACAUUAGGAAUGUCACAGAGACGCUCGUCUGAGUUUUACAUGAAAUCAAAAGAGAACGGAACGAUACCUCGCCCUCUAUAUGUCGUUUCUCAUCUAAAGCCUCUCCCUGAAGAUUCCUCUUUAAGAGUCGGAGAUGUCUUAAUCAGUGUAAAUGGAAAAAUGAUAACUAGAGUUUCAGACCUUCACGAAUUUGAAGAAUAUUCAGAACUCGAUGCUGUUAUUCUUCGUGAUGGAAAGGAAGUAAACUUUAAAUUUCCCUUGUACGAAGAUAUUCCUACCUUUAGCUCUGAAGUUAUCUCUUGGAACGGGGCUAUUGUACAUUCUACCCACAGAAGUGUUUACGAACAAGUGGAGCCUGGUGUUGAGCUCCCUGGUCCUGACGGAGUAUAUGUUGGAAGUAUUCUGUAUGGAUCACCAGCAUUGAACUUGCUUCGAGCAGCACAUUGGAUUGUAGCUAUUGAUGGCAAGCCAGUAAAUAAUUUUUCCGAUUUUAAGAAAAUUGUCAGUGAAAUCCCUUCCGAACCUUACGUCCAAGUGAAACAAAUGAAUCGUCGAGGUGCAACACUAUUAGUUAGUGUUCGCCCUGAUGCCCGUUUUUGGCCCACGUACAUUAUCGAACGAAAUUCAGACGGGAACUGGACCACUAAAUUUGUAAACGAUGAAACUCCCAAGGCCAUAUCAUAA